AUGAAUAAUACGUGUUGUAUUUGUUAUGACGAUAUAGUAGAUUGUACUAUCACUCCAUGUGGUCAUGCGUUUUGUUACCAGUGUAUUAAAGAAUGGUUGUCAAGAGUACCAAAUUGUCCAGUUUGUAAGAGCCGAGUUUUACUAAAUCAAAUCAUACGAGUUAAUAAGAACAAAAAUCAACCAACCAAAAAUGAACAAUCAACAACUUUUCAAGACAACCUUCCUCUAAUAAAAUUCUGGGGAAAACUUUUAUUAGGUCUUUUGUUCCCAAUAUUGAUGUUUUUGGUUAUUAUUCAAUUAAUGGAUUAA